AGGAGCCGUGUGGCGGCGCGCGGGCUCUCGGUGUCUCCGGCCGGACCGGGCCCAGCGCAGCCCCAGCCCCGUCACGGGCCCCGCCGCCCGCCCGCGACCCCGCCCGAGCCCGCCCGGCCCCCGGCCCGCUCAAUGCCCAGGGUGUUCUGUUGGAGGAUCCUUGGCACAUUUAUGGCGAUUCUGAGCGUCAGGGCAGACUUCUGCCAGGCCCAGCACAGCGCCCUGGCUGCCAAGUGAGCUCAGGGGGCUCCCCACGUGCGUACUCCGGGAAGGCGGCGGGCUCAGAUUUAUGGGAUAUCCUCUGCUCUCCUGCCCCGUUGGAAGCAGGUUCCUGUCACGGACUCUGGCAGAGCUCAGAAAACCAAGUGGAGAAAAGAGAAACCCCCCAGCCCUCCCUGCCCUCGCCUCACCAGUGCCUCGAUGUAGAACAGCCCUGCCUGCAGUGGGAAUUUCGGGAGUCUGAAGGAUAACACCCGCCAGGAAUUGAAAAAUUUGGAAGCAAACCUGCUUUUCCUAGGAGCACAAUCCCUGAGGAACAAACCCGGCAAAGCAAAGCAAGCUCUGAUCAAUCCCAGGCAGAUUAGUGAUCUUCUUUUUGAUGUUUUCUGCUGUGAAACGUUUCCAAGCCCCCGUGGAAAUUACUUAUGAAAAUCUGCGUUUCCUGAUCACUCACAACCCAACCAAUGCAACCCUCAGCAAGUUCAUCGAGGAGCUGAAGAAGUACGGGGUGACAACCUUGGUGCGAGUUUGUGAUGCCACUUAUGACCAAGCUCCAAUCGAGAAAGAAGGAAUCCAAGUCCUAGACUGGCCAUUUGAUGACGGAGCGCCGCCCCCCAGCCAGAUCGUGGAGGAUUGGCUGAACCUCCUGAAAUCCAAAUUCCGGGAGCAGCCCGGCUGCUGCGUGGCCGUUCACUGCGUGGCCGGCCUGGGCAGGGCUCCCGUUCUGGUCGCGCUGGCUCUCAUUGAAUGUGGAAUGAAGUAUGAGGAUGCAGUUCAGUUUAUAAGGCAGAAAAGGAGGGGAGCUUUCAAUUCCAAACAGCUGCUUUACCUGGAGAAAUACCGGCCCAAGAUGCGAUUACGCUUCAAAGACGCCAACGGUCACUGCUGUGUUCAAUAAAUAAAUCCAAAAAAAUAAGAAUUAAUCUCAAAAAGGAAGGCAGAACGAGCUGGGGGCUCUGCUCUGGACUCUUGGCACCUGAAAAUGUGAAUUUGGAAUCAAAAAGAAGCAAAAAAAAGCAAAAAAAAAAGCAAAAAAACCCCCAACAAAAUUCAAAUUACAGCGUUCCUUAAAAUAAAAAAAAAAGGGUGAUGAUGAUUGAAAGGAAAAAACUCCCCCAAAAUUAAAAAUAAUAAUAAUAAUAAUAAUAAAAGCCAAUUAAGAGAAACA